AAUUGCUGGACCAAAGAGUUUCUGUACUGCCUUUGGUCAGACUUUGGCGCAAACAACAAAACCGCAGUGUCCAAUUACAAUUUCUACGUUAGCGUUUUUAAUUCGCGUUGGAGAUAGGAUUUGGUUGACAUUUAUUUAGGCAACGCUAGCUAGCUGCUAACAAUGACUAACUAUAUGGUUUUUCACACUCAAAUAGCCUCCGUCAUGGAGGUGUUAGCGAAUGCAGCCGUGGCAGAGAUCUGUAAACUCGUAGACGACGACUAUGCAGUGUUUCGUUUGGAAAUAACUCAAAGCCAGAAAGAAAACAGGGCAUUGCGGAGGAAACUACAACUACUGGAACUAAAGGUGGCACGGGAGCGCGCAGAGAGGACAAUGCGAGAGCGCGUCCUCGCCAGUCGUCCCAGUAGUGUCAAGAUCCUCGACCGUUUCAGAGGAAUGGCAAGAGGUGAAGGACAUCUCACUGGAGGCCACAGAAGCUUUGUGAAGCCAGCUGAACACACUACAUGGAGAGAUGACCAAUCAAUCACUGUUGAUGAGGGGAGUGGAACCUCAACCCAGCACGUUAUCAUGAUAGAGUCUGCAGAUGUAGAGGCUGCAGGUCCUGGGGUUAAGCAGGAGAUGGCUGAAGGAGAAGAGGAACCACGGCACAGCAGAGACUGCCAGACUGCAGUGGCUGGAGCACCCCCUGUAGCCAAGGAGGACCCAACCACCGCCCCAGCACAGCCCAGCAGCAUCACGGAGGUCAGUGGAACACAGAACACCAUCUUCAAGACAGAGACAUACCCCAACACUUCAAUGGGGCUGGAGCGACUGGGCUCUCCUCCUGCUCCCCACUCAGAGUAUUUACUUUAUGGUAACCAUAGCCCGACGACGGUUCUGUCCCAUCAGGACCCAAGUGACUCGUUACAGACUGUCAAUGAUCCGUCCUGUUCAUACGCUACAGAGACACAGAUGAUACCUGGUGACAUGCCUGUGGGCUUAGAUACACAGUCUAAUCCAAUGAGAGGGGACUGGAACCGGUACAGUAGUAGUAGUGUAUACUCUGAAAAGUGCCUGGAUGAGAAAGGGGAGGGUCUGGCCUUAGAUGAUGUGACUGUGAAAGUGGAGGGCGACGCUCUGAAAUGGAAUGAAGACAAGACUCAUUUAGGAGAAGGACACUCGCAGGGCAACAGCAGUGACUUCUUAGACUACAGGGAAAGCUUGGAGACAAAUCUAAAUGUUGGGACCCACUCCCCUUUACACAAGUUCAGGGAUCACAACCCAGUGUCCACGUCAAUGGGGCCUUCCGAUUCACACAGCCAUGUCCUUUUCGAUCAGGUAUUGAAUUCAAACGACAGGGUUAGAGCCCAGGCUCUGGGUGGGGGAGCAACAUCAGGAAAAAGUAAAGAGAAACGGUUCCUCUGCGCGUUCUGUAACAAAGGCUUCAGCUGUCCCCAGAAGGUGGAAAUCCACCAGAGGGUCCACACAGGGGAGAAACCCUACAGCUGUACCCAGUGUCAUAUUCGCUUCGCCCAGGCUGGUGACCUGAAGAGGCACCAGAGGGUCCACACAGGGGAGAAACCCUUCAGCUGUACCCAGUGUAACAUGCGCUUUGCCCAUGCUGGCAACCUGAAGAGACACCAGAGGGUCCACACAGGGGAGAAAUAAUACAGCUGCCACCAGUGUGAGAAGAGAUUCUACCACCAGCACCAGCUGAAGAUGCACCUGAAGGUCCACACGGGAGAGGUGGUUCGCACUGCAGGAAGAGGUUCUCAGAGAGGAGCUACCUCAGGAUACACCAGCAGAAAACCAUUCCACUCAAUAGCUUCUGACGUUUAGAUCAAACCCUGCAUUAAAGACAAAGAUGAAUUGUCAAAAGAUUCGCAGUUGAAUUUGGAAUUACGAGAGUAACAUGUUUUAGUGUUGAAUAUUCGGGAGGAAUGUUGCUUCCAGACCUGUGAUAUACGCUGAGUGUACAAAACAUUAGGAACAACUGCUCUUUCCACGAAUGCAGGUGAAACCUAUAGUAUGAUCCCUUAUUCAUGUCACUUGUUAAAUUCACUUCAAUCAGUGUAGAUGAAGGGCAGGAGACGGUUUAAAUAAUAUUUUUUUUAAGCCUGUAAUUUGCAUCAUAGGUACACUUCAAAUAUGACAAACAAAAUGAGAGAAAAAAAUCCAGA